AUGGCUAUUACUGGUCAUUUCAUUGAUGAUUCAUGGAGGCUUCAAAGUCAUAUUUUGAGAUUUGCUUAUGUCCCUGCUCCACAUGAUAAAGAUGCUUUGUGUGGUGCUUUGGUUAAUUGUUUGUUUGAUUGGAAUCUUGAACGAAAACUAUCGACUAUCACAGUUGAUAAUUGUAGCACAAACAAUGCUAUGAUUAAAACUUUAUUAGAUGAGAAACUUAAUAAAAAAAGAUUUGUUGUUGAGUGGUCGACUGGCAGAAUUGAGAGGUUUGAAGAAGCUGCACAUUUGGUUCACUGUUCUUGUUAUAAGAAGUUGGAGUAUGAUUGUCCUACUCGGUGGAACUCAACAUAUUUAAUGUUGAGAACAGCUAUAGAAUACAAAGAGGUGUUUAACAAGUUGAGUCUAACUGACACAAAUUAUAAGUCGUAUCCAACUGAAGAGCAAUGGAGUAAUGCAGAAGAUGUUUCUGAUAAGCUCAAACUUUUUUAUCAUAUCACUGAACAGUUUUCAGGAACUCAAUAUCCAACUUCUAGUCAAUACUUUACAAAAGUUUGUGAAAUUAAGCUAGAAUUGGAAGCUUGGGUGAAAGAGCUUAAUCCUUUGAUCAGCGAUAUGGCAUCUGUGAUGUUGUUGAAAUUUAAAAAAUAUUGGGAUGAUGUGCAUAUUUUGAUGGGAGUAGCUGCAAUCUUUGAUCCACGGUACAAGAUGAGGUUGGUAGAGUUCUUUCUUACACUAAUUUAUGGUGAAGAAGCUUCAACUAAAAUUCAAGAAGUUCGAUCCAAUUGUUAUGAUCUCUUUCAAGAUUAUAAGAGUAAAUUAUCUGCUCCACAUGAUUCAUUAGCAUCUAGUUCUAGUGAAGUCUCUAGUUUUACUCAGGGUGAUCGGCUUUCGAGCUUUGAUAGAUUUGUAGCUUCAACUGGAGGUACCGUGGAGAAAAGAUCAGAGUUGGAUAUGUACUUAGAAGAAGACCUACUACCUCGAACCCCUUCAUUUGACAAUUUGAGUUGGUGGAAGACAAAUGGAUUGAAAUUUCCUACAUUGCAAAAAAUGGCUCGUGAUCUCUUAGCCAUUCCCGUGUCUACUGUUGCUUCAGAAUCAGCAUUUAGCACUAGUGGGGGGUUGAUUAGCCCGCAUCGGAGUAGACUCCAUUCCACUACUUUGGAAGCUUUAAUGUGUGCUCGCACGUGGUUAUGGAACGACUUAAAUGGUAUGACUUCAGUGGUUGAUCAAGUUUCAUGUCCAACAUUGCUUGAUGAGGAGGACGAGCCAGAUUCAAGUGGUUUAUCGCAACUAUGA